UUAGUUUUUUGUAUGUUCUCACUUAUCUGAACUGUUAUUUUUAAAAACUUUGCUUUUCAUUAUUAGCCUAUAUAUGAGUAAAGUUAGUCUUGUAAUGGUGAAUUCUCUGAUGUAACUCUAGAUGGCGCACGAGUACUGGUGUAUAUGGCCUACUCAUUCUUGCAGUGGUCAAAUCCCACACAUUCAGUUUCGUUUCAGAGGAUGUUUAUAUUGUACGGAACCCCGGAAGGGGUGUAGUUUUUUUUUUUUUAGUUUUUUUUUUACUUUUCUAAAGAUGGAUAGAAAGUGCGAUCAUGGGCCACAGCCCUAACCAGCAGGUGGCGGUAACGCACCUACAAGUUAUAUGCCAACCGCCAACAAACUCAUGAGAAGAAGAAGUACAGAGCCAUAACAAGAUUUGGCCGUUUUAGAUAGAGGACUUCGCUUUUUGAUUUUAUAAAAAACAAUCAAAUUAGCUCUGCUUCUUUUACCGUAAUUCGAGGAUGUGGUGUAUGUGCAUGACAUUACAGAGGACAUAACGUUUAAAAUCCUAAUUAUAGUUGGAGGUCAUUCGUGUUCCACAACUUUAUCAUCAUGAUGAGAUGCGCGCCGGUGCUGUUUCUUUUACCAGUUUUCGCUAUCGGUGUCCCCAGAUUUGAUGAAAUGACGAUUGUGUCUGUGUCAAAGGGAGACUCUGUUGUUCUGCACACUAAUAUUACUGAAAUACAGAAAUAUGAAGAGAUCGUAUAUAGAUUUAAAAAGGAACAUGUUAUUGCCAGAAUCAUAAAAGAUAAACAGAUCUUCUCUACAUUUGACAAUGAAGCCGAUGGGAUCUUUAAAGGCAAACUGCACCUGAAUCGGAAUGGAAAUCUCAUCAUCACUAAUAUCGGACCGAACACCUCUGGAAUAUAUGAGCUGGAUGUCAAGGGGAAAUAUCACACAUUACACAAUUCAUUCAAUGUGACCAUCAGAGAUGGAGAGAAUCAGCUGUCAGUGAAGAUGGGAGAUUCUGUCAUUCUAGAAUCUGGUGUUGAAUUAGACGAUGAUGACCUGGUACAAUGGAGACUUGAAGACUUUGUCAUAGCAGAAAUCAACCAAACAGCUCAUUCCUAUGUUCAUGAUGAGAGAUUCAGAGAUAGACUGAGGGUGGAUAAUGAGACUGGAUCUCUGAUCAUUGACAACAUCAGAAACACAGACUGUGGAGUUUAUCACCUCGACAUCAUGGGCAGCCGGCAUGUCAUAUUCAAGAAAAUCAUUCUGUCUGUCUGUUGUAACAAAGAUCUGGAGAUUGACCCUUGGAGACUGCCAUUCUUUGUUGUUUCUCCACUGCUGGCACUUACUAUUUUAAUUCUUGUGGUGUGCUGUUGCAAGAGAAUAUGCAAACAAAAAGAUCAGAAGAAAUUCAAAAAUAGAGGAGGAGAAAAGCGUCAGACGAUCUGAUGGGAUCCUGUAAGAUCAGCAAAUAUCUACCACAGUGUAUCCAUUUUAAGCAAAUUAC